AUGAAUUAUGUAAUUAAAUAAACAGAAUAAUUUUUAAGGGCGCUUAAAACAUGCCAUUCUAUUGAUUAGAAUUUACAUUGUUACUUUUCAAAUGAGGGUAUAUUAAAAUUUAUAUAAAUAUAGGAAUUUUAUUAUUAAGCAACUAUGAAUAGUUUGAGGAUGUUGAUACUAAAAAGCCCACUUUUUUUUGUUAUUUCAACUCUACUUCAUUUGAAUAAGUCCAAACUAAUUCAAUUCAUUUCAAAAUGCCUUAAACAUUGUCACCUGAUCUAUAAAUCAAACUUUAAAAGCUAAACGCUUCUUUAGAUAAAUUAGUCUUUGAAUUAAACAUUCUAUAACUAUAUACUAGUUUAAAACCUUUUAAAAAAUAAAUUAAAAGAAUAGAGAUUUAAGUUUAUUACACUAUUUCGCAAUUGAGAGUCAUAUAAAAAUUUAAAAUGAUUGUAUUUUUUAAAGAUUCAUUUUUUACUAUCGAAUGUCCAAUUAUAUAGUUGGAUGAAAUUUAAUAAAUGGAAUUGAUAAGAAAAUACAUGGAAAACAGAAGACAUUUAGAAGUUUUAGAGGUUGAUUCAGAAAUCUCUGAAUACUUAAAUGACUUUAAUUAAAAAGAAGCUAUUUAAUUUAUUUUGAAAAGAAAUAGCAUAGAAAUACAUCUAAAUAGUUAAAAGCAAGAAACUACUCUUGAAUUAAAUAGUGGAUUUUUAACUUAAUAUAAAUUUGAUGAUUUCACAAAUAUCUAUAAAAAUGUUAAUACAAUUAACAUUGAGCCAAAUGUUUUAACUCCUUUUCAUGGAUAUGGAUUCAAAAUUUCAAUUUCAAAAGAUGUCAAUCAAAAACCUAGGAUAUUUAUAUCUUAAGAUUGGUAAGAUCAAAUAAGUAUGGUAUUGAAAUCAAUUACAAGUCUUGUUAAGAAAAUAAAAAUUAUCUCAAUUUUAGAUGAUGAUUGCAAUGAAGAUGAAUUGUAACAUUUAUUUCUAUUAUAAUUUAAGAUUAGAUAUUAUAGCUGAAUAUUAGACUGAUAGAGUUUAAGAGUAGGAAUGCUAAUAAAUUGAAGAACAAUAAGUCAGAAAAAAGAUUAAAAUGAAUUUAAAAAGUUGA